AUGAUUCGAGCAGCUUCCAAAUGCGGUACUUCGGUCCAUCGCGCCAUAUAUGCCUUUAGUCGAACGCCGCAAGCAUCCUCCACCACACUUUCUUCAAUAUCCUUCAGUUCGGCGGCUCCUCAAACGGGUGAGAAUGAUUCAAUGGCCCUGCCACCCAAUCUUUCCUUUGAUAGAAAGUCUUCAUUUGCUCCCAAGGCUCGGCCAGUGCUGGUGGCGCCACCACAACCAGUGGAUGAGGAGGGUGAGGAAGAAGUUUCUGCAGAAGACAGUGGUUACGAAAGCGGGGAGGAAGACUUGUCAGCAGCCGUGGCCCAACUUGAAGAAGACGAAGCUCCAAGGUUUGUAAUUCCACUUCCCGACCGUCUCAAGGCAACUGUUCAUGGCGCUGACGGCAGCGUCAAUGGCACUCUCUGGUUGGAUGAAACUGUCUUUGGAGCCGAUCCCAUCCGAGUGGACCUUAUUAAGCAAUCUGUUGAUUACAUUCGGAAUAAGAUUCGAGGUGUCCGCAAGGCCAAGAGUAAGACAAUCUCGGAAGUGAGUGGAAGUGGCCGCAAGGUCCGCAAUCAAAAGGGUACUGGUAUGGCUCGAGCUGGACACUCCCGACCAGCCCAUUGGAGAGGUGGAGCCAAGGCCCAUGGUCCAAAGAAUACCGUCGACUAUGGAAAUGUGAAAAUGAAUAAGAAAGCGCGUCGACUGGCGAUGGUAUCGACUUUGUCGCAAAAGCUGAAGGAAGGAAAUUUGAUUGUAGUGGACAAUUUCAAUUUGCUAUCCCACAAGACCAAGGAUUUGGCUACCAUGUUGGAGGAAUCCUACGGAAUUGGUAAGGGUGGACACUCGGCACUAAUAUUGGAUCACUAUUUGGAAGAUGAGGAUGCAAAAGACGAUUCGUACGACGCGUCUUUUCACGGAGUCCCCAUCAAUCUAUGGGUGGCUUCGAGUAACAUCUACAAGAUCAAGGUGGCAAGCCAACGUUACACCAAUGUAUAUGAUAUUUUGAAAAAGGACAAGCUUAUCGUUACACUGGGGGCACUGGAACAAAUGGAAUCACGAUGGAAGGAUUAG